AAAACGUGUUAUCUUCCUUAACUUAUCUGUUCUGAAGUAGUUUCAUCGAGUGUUAGACUCAGAACAUCAAUAUAAAUGACUGUCUUACUGGCACUAUUGUUUGAUGAGCCCUAGGCUUAGCAGCAUCGAGCCAUCGUCCCCAGAAUGCCUACUUUUCACACAAAUUGCACUGUUCCUUCUGGAAAUUUCAACUUUGUCACAGCGCCUAAUACGCGAGGGACACUCGGGAUUCUCUGGAACUGCAUUGGCACCUUGGUCUUGUGCACAUGGACAGUCCUACAUCUCAACGUUCCAGAACAGUGGACGCCUCAGAAUAAGAUACAGGGCUUUCGAAGACGUCUGGAAAGAUUUGGCACCAAAUUGAAGUGGAUGACAAUCACGCUAUUUGCGCCCGAGUUCAUUCUUGGGAAGGCUUACAGCGAUAAUUGCUCCGCCAGACGACACUUCGUGGAGGGUGAGCCAAUCGCGAAGGAAGAUGGCGUGGCUUGGACUGUCGCUCAUGCAUUUCUCGCAAACAUUGGUGGAAUUGGUAUCGUCUUUAACAGUCAACUUGAAUUCAAGGGAGAAUCCAUCGAAACGCUUGAUUCGGCUUUGCCACUUGCGGGCCCUACUUCAACAGUGAACCUUCAAUCGCAGCAGCAACGAUUCCAAGGCGCGAGUCCCGGCGAGACUCAGCUGCACCAUAACAGCAAUGCAGAAACACCAUCUGCGAAUUCGUCACGAACAGAUCGAGUUCCACAAGAUCCUAGCCAUACUGGGACCCAACAAUAUGAGCUUGAACCAGUUGAAUCCCCUGCUCAAGAAUCGCAUUCAGCGACACCGAGCCCGGUUUCGGCCUCGCUCGCUGCUGAAGUUGUGCCCGAAUGUACAAAAGGUGCGAAUCCCCAACGCGAAUGCGCGGUGGAGUCGAUCGAGGAAACCUCACUUGAGACGACGCAGUCUCCGGCGCAAGUACUUGAGGAGAGGCUCUGUCCAUCCCCAAUUCCGACGUGUACAAUGAAACCGGAGCAACUUUACCGGAAGGAUCAGCUGAAGGGUUUGAACUUGUCUCUAGGUCUGAUACCGGACCAUUUGCGAGCGCGCAAGAUUGAUCAAACCUUCGGCCUUCAUACGUUCUUUCAGUCUCAAAGGGUGGAUCCAGGAGCGAUGGAACCUCGCCUGUGGACCCGAAACGCCGUCAACGCCGAUCUUGUCAGCGCAGCUAUCGAUAACUUGCAGCUGGACAUAUUUCCUACGACCUGGGAGAAACGUAGAUUGCUCGAUCGAUACAUUCCUUGGUAUGCGAAUUUGGGUGCACUUCAAGGCAAUGUCUGGAUCGUGGACGCUUGUCAACUACUUCUUGCCAGAAAGAUGGGGAUCAUAGAUCGAUUGCCCUCUCUAUCCGAGGACGAGGUUGAUGACCGAAACAAGGGCGACUUUCUCGUCAAAGGUCUGGCUGUUGCUCAGGUCAUAUGGCUGUUUGUCCAACUAGUUGCGCGCGGUGCCAGAGGUCUCGCCCCAUCGCAGCUUGAAAUUGUUGUCCUUGCCUUUGCAGCUUGUACCUUCGCAACUUACAUCCUGCUCUGGAAUAAACCGCAAGAUGUUCGAACACCCACAUAUGUCUAUGCACGUCGGUACCCUUCCACCCAAGAGUUAAGUCGCCUCGCGAUUUCUGGACCAGACCCAUGGCCAUAUUACCGGAAAGCCUGCCGGAUGCCAAACAAUGCCUUGCACUGCGACGGUGGGUUCUUUUCGAAAAUGGUACUUGGAUCCUUGUUCGGCGCAAUGAUAUUUAGAGUUCUGCACUGUGCUGCUUGGAAUUUCCAUUUUCCCACUGUUAUAGAACGAUUCUUGUGGAGGAUUUCUGCAGUAACUACUGUCGUUAUCCCACCUACUAUGGUUGCAUUCGUCAUGCUUGUCAACGGCUUUCUCAUGUGGAAAGCACGUAAUAACGGAACCUUUGCGGCAGGCAGAGAUCCAACAACCCUCAUUAAUUGGGUUGGGUUGGCUGCGACGGUCAUAUAUGUGGUGGUCCGCCUUUAUAUCACCGUCGAAACAUUCCGUAGCCUAUGGUUUUUGGAACCUGAGGCCUAUAUGAACACUUGGGCGACCAACAUACCACAUAUUGAUUGAUGGCAAAGCUAGGCGGGCCAAAGACGACAACUCUUUUCCACGUUCUCUGGCAC